GCUGUGUCAGUCACUCUGUCAGCUUGAAGAGGAAAACAAUUGCACUUUAAAAUCUGCAGUACGCGCUAAUUCUACUAAUAGGAUCCAGCAGUGUGUUUGCUCCAACAACAUGUGGACGAUCCCGAAGCCCAGAUACAGGAGGUGCGAGGAUGAGCCUGAGAUCACGGUGAACAUCGGCGGGGUCCGAGUGGUGCUUUUUGGGGAUGUUCUCAAUCGUUACCCGGAGAGCCGACUGGCCGAGUUGCUGAACAGCUCCUCGGCGCACAACGACGAACUUAUUUCCUCUCUCUGUGACGACUUUGACCCCAACAGGAAAGAGUUUUACUUCGACCGAGAUCCAGAUGCCUUCAAGUGCAUCAUGGAUGUUUAUUACCUGGAUGAAAUCCACAUAAAACGCGGCAUUUGCCCCAUUUGUUUCAUCAAGGAGAUGGAAUUCUGGAAGAUCGACCAGAGUGUUUUGGAUGACUGCUGUAAAAGUUACCUGAGCGAGAAGGAGGGCGAGCUGAAGGACAUCGCCGGCAAGGUGAAGGUAAUUUUGGAGGAUCUGGAGGAGGACCAGAACGCUUCUGGCACCCAGCAGUGUCAGAGGGUCGUCUGGAGGCUCAUGGAGAAGCCUGGUUCCUCCUUCCCGGCGCGCGUAAUUGCUAUCGCGUCCUUCCUCUCCGUCCUGGUGUCGGCGGUGGUGAUGUGCGUGGGAACCAUCCCGGAGUUGCAGGUGUCAGACGCCGAGGGGAAGCUGGUGGAACACCCGACUUUGGAGGCGAUAGAGACCGCCUGCAUGAUGUGGUUCACGGCAGAGUACCUGCUGCGCCUCGCCUCCUCACCCGACAAGUUGCACUUUGCGCUCUCUUUCAUGAACAUCGUCGACUUCAUGGCCAUCAUGCCUUUCUACGUGGUGCUCAGUCUGACGUACCUCGGCACCUUCUCCAUGAUGGAGCUGGCCAACGUUCAGCAGGCGGUGCAGGCGCUGCGCAUCAUGCGCAUAGCGCGCAUCUUCAAGUUGGCGCGCCACUCCUCAGGACUCCAGACACUCACACACGCCCUCAAGAGGAGCCUCAAGGAGCUGGGGCUGCUCCUCAUGUACAUGGGCGUGGGGAUUUUUGUCUUCGCCGCCCUGGGCUACACAAUGGAGCAAAGUCACCCCAAGACUCUCUUCGGGAGCAUUCCACAAUCCUUCUGGUGGGCCAUCAUCACCAUGACUACGGUGGGAUACGGAGACAUCUACCCCAAAACCACUCUGGGCAAGUGUAACGCAGCCCUGAGUUUCCUGUGUGGAGUCAUAGCCAUCGCCUUACCUAUACACCCUAUCAUUAACAACUUUGUGGUGUUUUACAACAAGCAGAAGGAGCUGGAGACUGCAGCAAAGCAUGAAGUGGAGCUGAUGGAGCUUAAGUCUGGUGGGGACAUCCAGCACAGAAAAGACAGCGAUAAUGACAAAACAUAGAAAGCACAACGUGUGUGUUUAACAAAUUCAGAGUGUCUAUAAAGCGUGCAUAUCAUGGUAAAAAAAAAGGGGACUCAUUAAUGCAUGUAGAUCAGGGGUGUCAAACAUACGGCCCGCUGGCCUAACCGGUUUCAUCCGGCCCACGGGACGAGUUUACGCGGUAUAAAAAUUUGUUGAAAUUUUUGAAUGAAAGAAACCGCUGUUCUAAAUGUGUCCUCUAGAUGUGGCAAUAGCAAUUAUUUUUAUCUUUGCAGAUGAUGCUCAAUAUGUAAACAAAAUAAACCACAUGUUAGUACAUCAGUCGAGGAACAUGAGCAAACCACAUAAAUAACAUCCUGUAAUUUGAUUUUGAUAUAAUUUUUGAAUCAUGAUGAGAUUGAUAACUAACACCAAUGAGUUGACUGAUGAACAAUUUUGCAUAAUUUAUUGAGAAAGUAUAAAUAACAACAAAUACAAAUAGAAUACUAUAAACAACAUUAUGAUUUGUACAUUUUCAGAAUGUGCUUGUUCUAUUUUUAAACAAAGAAAACAAUCUGAAGUUGUCUUUAUUUUUAAAUUAUCGUGCCGUGAUUUUACCAGCCCGGCCCUCCUGGGAGUAGAUUUUUCUCCGUGUGGCCCCCAUCUAAACUGAGUUUGACACCCCUGAUGUAGACGAUCACAAUGCAUCCCACCCAACAUCCUCAUUUGUUUAUACUGAUUUUAUGGAGCAUGGCUGGUGCAACAUUUUGAACAGAGUGGAGAAUUCCAAAGCAGUCCCCACAAAUAUGAAUUGAAUCUGAAUUAAGAUUGCAACUGGAAGUACAAUUGCAAUUAAAAUGAAAGAAAAUAGAAUUGAAAUGACGCGAAAUUUCAAUUAAAAAUGUUGGUUUCAUGGAAAUAAUAUUACUAUGAUCUGCAUGUAUAGGGUGUCCCAAUCUGAUAUUGCUAUCAGAUAUCAGCAAAAAAACUAAUAUUGGCUUGCAUGUAAAAUCGCUGCAAUAAUUAGCUUCUAUACAAGCAGUUACUUGUGCAAAGCAAUUAACAUCGAAAUGUCCUCCAAUAAAAAGUUGGUCCUUUCUUGGAUUUUAGUGAAGUCAUUAACAAAAGGUAAACAUGGUAGUCUAUAGGC